UCCGGAUCCUCUGCAGCACCAGGGACAGCACCGGGGAGAGGACACCGGAUCAGCCCGGCCCGGGGAGCCAGCGGGGGCCAAAAACAGAGCAUGAACCCCCAACUGCAACCCGGAUCCCCGGGGACCCCCAUCCUGACCGGUCAAUGUUUCUAUUAGGUCCGGCGCCGGGCGGAUCCUGUCGGGGUGGCCCAUGCAGUGUAUAGCUGCAGUUAUCAGGGACGAAGGAAACAUGAGUGGCGGAGCAGAGCAGGUGGAUAUACUGCCAGUCAGUUAUGUCGUCAAAGACCGAUGGAAAGUGCUUAAGAAAAUUGGUGGAGGAGGAUUUGGGGAAAUAUAUGAAGCAAUGGACCUGCUGACACGAGAGAAUGUGGCCCUUAAAGUGGAAUCAGCACAGCAACCAAAACAAGUGCUAAAAAUGGAGGUAGCUGUGCUAAAGAAACUGCAAGGAAAGGAUCAUGUCUGCAGGUUCAUUGGUUGCGGCAGAAAUGAAAAGUUUAAUUACGUGGUCAUGCAGCUCCAGGGUCGAAAUCUAGCAGACUUGCGGAGAAGCCAACCCCGGGGCACAUUCACCAUGAGCACCACGUUGCGGCUUGGCAAACAGAUCCUGGAAUCCAUUGAAUCUAUUCACUCCGUGGGCUUUCUGCACCGGGAUAUCAAACCUUCCAACUUUGCCAUGGGACGACUGCCCUCCACCUACCGGAAAUGCUACAUGUUGGACUUUGGCCUGGCACGGCAAUACACCAACACUACUGGAGAAGUACGACCGCCUCGCAAUGUUGCAGGUUUCCGGGGGACCGUCCGUUAUGCAUCAGUAAAUGCUCACAAAAACAGAGAAAUGGGUCGGCAUGACGAUUUGUGGUCUCUCUUCUACAUGCUGGUGGAGUUUGCGGUGGGACAGUUACCCUGGAGAAAGAUCAAAGACAAGGAGCAGGUUGGCAUGAUUAAGGAGAAGUAUGACCAUCGCAUGCUUCUGAAACACAUGCCAUCCGAAUUCCACCUGUUUCUGGAGCACAUCUCAACUCUAGAUUACUUUACAAAGCCAGAUUACCAGAUGAUUAUGUCUGUGUUUGAGAGCAGCAUGAAGGAACGGGGUAUCACAGAGAACGAAGCAUUUGACUGGGAGAAAGGAGGGACAGACAUAUUACUGUCGACCAGCACCUCCACUCCACCGCAGCAGAACACCAGGCAGACUGCCGCCAUGUUUGGGGUGGUCAAUGUGACACCUGUGCCUGGGGAUUUAUUGCGGGAAAAUACUGAAGAUGUCCUGCAAGGGGAACACCUUAGUGACCAAGAGAAUGCUCCUCCAGUGCUUCCAGGACGGCCAGCUGACAUCACUGGCCAGGUGCCCAACAUAGGCUUUAAUGACACCGAAGUCUGGGAGGAAACAGAUGUGAAUAGGAACAAGCUCAGGAUCAGCAUCAGCAAGACACAGUGCCUAAUGGAAGAGGAUCACAGCCGCGGAGGAUGUCCCAGCUCCCCCGUCCGUGCCCCUCCUGAGUCCCCAACCACCCAGGCGCGCUCCCUGCACUACAGACGCGUGAACAGCCCUGAAUCUGAUCGUCUUUCAACGGCAGAGAGGGCAGAGAUGCAAGAGCGAAGAUCGCGCAUGGACCUCCCCGCUUCGCCCUCUCGUCAGGUGUGCUCCUCACAGCCUGCUCAGAUGUUGUCAAUUGACACAGGGCCUGUGGAUCGGCAAGCCAGUGGCCGGAUGGAGGUGUCUGCCUCAGUAGAACAUGAAGCUUUGAGUAAUGCCUUUAAGUCUGUGCCUCUUGCAGAGGAGGAAGACUUUGACAGUAAGGAAUGGGUGAUAAUCGAUAAGGAAACAGAGCUCAAAGACUUCCAUCCUGGAGCAGAACCUAGUACUUCAGGAACCACUGAUGAGGAACCUGAAGAGCUGCGACCCUUGGAAGAUGGUGAAGAACGACGGAAGCCAGGGGGAGCAGAGGCUGCAGUCAGACCUAAGGUGCAUGAGACUCGGCCUCGGGCCAUGCAGACAGUAGCUGAAGAAGAGACGUCCUCUAGAAAUGAAGGACUGGAUGGUAGACCAGAGCCUCCCACUGGAAGCCCCUCACACUCACACUCUACAUCAGCAACAAGACAGCGGAGACGAGAGUCUGAUCCCACUGGGCCACAGAGACAGGUUCUUAGUCUGAAGCAGUUUGAAUUAAAUGGGAUGCCCAAGGUGGUGCCUUUAAGUUUGCCUUACCAAGACUUCAAGAAGGACAUAUCGGACAGCAAAGAGAUGCUGCGUGUGCCACACCGAAUAAAACGCGUGGAUUUCUCCAGUGUAGUCCUUCCUCCCAUGCAUGCCCCAGAGCCACAUAUUGUAAUCAAUGGGAGGACUUCACAAACAGAACAUGAGCAAGAAGAAGAUGAAGAAGAGGUGGAAUUUUUAGGGGAGGAGAUUGACCUUCAAAGUGGCUCCAGCAGUGAUAUGAGUCAGAAGAGUACUGAGCGCAGUCAGGAAGGGGCUCCUUCCACUCUCUUGGCAGAUGAUCAGAGAGAUUCAAGAGGUCGAGUCUCUGCUGGAGAGAAUGACCUAGAAUUAGAAGAGGGCUCUAAGACCUUAGUACUGUUCUCCCCUGGAGAUAUGAAAAAGUCACCAGUCACCAAUGAGCUUUUGCCCGAAGUUGAUCUUGGAACUCUUGCUGUGCUAACACCCCAAGGAGAAAGGCCCCAGCCUUUGGGGAGUCAAUUGGAUGUAUCAGAACCAGGAACAUUAUCUUCCAUCCUCAAAUCAGAGCCCAAACCACCGAAUGCUGGAGCUGUCACAGCUACCUCCCCUUUUACCAAAGUUGAACGCACAUUUAUUCAUAUUGCUGAAAAGACACAUCUAAACGUCAUGUCUUCCACUGGGCAGCUAAUUAGGAUGGACGAACAUUACGGCUCAGGGCAGUUUGAGGAGCCAAUUAUUGAGGAGGAAAUUGAAGAUUAUGAGCUACUAAGAGACAAUGGAAGCAUAAACUCGGCUGUGGAGGCUGGUGAGAUUGACAGCUGUGUCAUCUCAGCCAGCAAUAUUGAGUUCUGUACAGAGGCUCCAACAGAUCUUAGGGCUGCCAAUGGCAUAAGUGAGUCUGAAGGUCAGCUGGAUAAGGACAUGGUGGAUAUGGUUUUCAAGAAAGACACGCAGCCACAGCAGGAAAAGAUUGUGCUUGCCACUGAUCGCCUUAAAGAAGCUGAGGAGAACCCCUGCAAGGCUGUAACCCAACCCUGUGCCAUGCGUUUUAGGAGUCGUAUCCCAGUGUUUUUAUCAGAAGAGGACACUGGGUCAGAUCAGUCUAUGUCACACUCCGUUAAGGAGAGGUUCCAUAAGAGGACAAAGCAACUAGAUCUAGCAAGGUUUGUAAUGGAGAAGAGACAAAUCCAACUGCAGAGAUUAGCUUCUGCUGGCUCAUCUUCAGCCUCUUCAAGUGAUGAUAGAAGGAGGACCUCUGAAACCCUUUCCACCACGGGAUCUGAGGAAGAUACACAUGAUUCAGAUGACUCCACCCCAAGAAAGUGCAGAAAAGAGAAAUCCUUCUCCACCAGAAAGGAUGACACUGUUUCCAGCACCAGAAGCAAAAUUCCCCGUCCAGUUACACCAGUGAAAACUAUACGACCAACAAUCCCACCAACACCCAGCAGCAAAGGCGCUUCAACUUCACAGAGGCAUCACUUGUCUGGGAGUCCUGUUGGUGGGAUUCCUGGCCUAACCCCUGAUUUUCGUCCCAAAGCACUGCAAAUGAAACUUCCUCCUCUCUCUAGCCCAACCCCCACCAGGAACAAUCUGCGAAGGGUCAAUCGUGGUCCACCCAAGAGUCCUGUAGCCCCUGCACGGACACUCAGUGCUUCUUCCCGAAGCCAAUCCCUUUCCAGGACCGAAAGUCCGUCACCAUCCCGACAGAAAAAAAUGGCUGCUACUACUCCCUGGGUGUACCCUUCUCCCAAACUCCAGCCUCGAGCACAGACCCAAGGAGAAUGUCCAGCAACUCCAGCUGUUGUCAGGAAGGGACAAAGGCUGAAGAUCCAAGUGCCAAACCCAGCAACCAAAGCACGAGGUGGAGUUGAAGGCAGAUAAUGGAGCUUUGUGUGGGGUACAGAGCCCACUGGGAAUUUUAAGCUUCAGGCAGGAAUGAUUGUAAUGCUAUGCUCACCCUUUAAAGCGCAUAACACACACUGUGAGAGCAGGAUACCCCACAAUCGACGAUCGGAGUUCAAACACCCAGUAGGAUGGUUCCAGGGGCCAUUCAUUAACUCAAGCAGACCCACUUCAAGUGGUGUACAAUCCUAUAACCUUCAACAUCCAGCUUUUUGGCCCAAAGUCUUUUUUGUUUAAGGGUGACCUAUCACUAGAGCUGCCCUUGACCAGAAUCAAUGCGGUGGUGCAGUAGACAGGAGAUCUAGCACUAACAGCAGCCCUUAACCUUUCUUCUUCACAGAAUGGAGCUUCACAGGCGGCCAAAAUCGCACAAAUUGAUAACCCAGAUACAUCGAUUACUUUAUAUUCCUUAUAGAAAAUAUUCAAUUAUAAGUAAAAUGAAUUCCCAGCACUGGGACCCUUAUUAUAGGCCCCCACUGUACUGACAUCUCAAUAUCAUUUCAUCAUUACCAAAAGGCCUAAAAAAGCUAGAAUAUAUCUAUUUAUUUCUACGUAAGAGAAAGUGUGGCGAUAUAUAUAUAUACCGUAUAUACCUCCACUUAUACAUAUAGGUAAGGUAUACAGUUCUACACUAUAGAGAGCGGAACUCUAAAGUCACUACCAAUAUUAUUAACCCUUCACUGCUGCGUGGCCGCUACUGUGUAAGUGUGAAUGGUAUAAUACUACGUGGUUGCUGUCAGUUGUGGCCACAGUUUCAUAUCUUUAAUAUUUAAAAAUGAAUUAAUAAGUUCUGGAUUGUCCUACAAAAACGUAAGGCCCACGCAGGAGCUGAGAUGAACCCUUUAUUCCAUGUCUUUCAGACAGUGCCAGGAGGCUGGUUACCGACAUCACCUUUCCACACCCUGUCAGGCUGAGCACCGAGUUGUGUCUAACACAUGGAAAUCUCAAUAUGUUUCAUUUUUAGGGCACUAGCUUAUACCAUAGCGCAGCACACGGUGUGAGACGAAGGUCACUGAUGGCAAUGCAUAGUCACUCCAUGAGAUGAGUAUUGGCAGAUUGUGCUCUCACGGAACACUGACAGGGAGAGUGGCAGAAACGUUUACACAUUGCAGAUAGAAUGUAACUCUCCCUCUUUCAUAAACUCCAGCUGUGUCCUGCAAACCCCAUCCGCAUGACAUGGGGGCAGCUACACCCCCACAAUGGGACAACUGGAGCUGGACUGACUGUGGGGAAGAUCUGAGAUAUAAAAUGCUUCUUAUUACAUGAAAUGCCACAUUGUAUCAUUAAAUAAAGCCUGCUGUUAAAACAUGA